AUGGUUCGCAUUGUAAAGGCCCCCCUGGAAGAUAUCAUAGGUAGCACUUUCGUCGGGAACGUCGGCUCUACGUUUCUCUUCGGGAUCCUUACCGUACAAGUUGUCCUUUACCACAAACGUUUCCCUAGGGAUAGUAAAUGGACGCGGGGAAUGGUUGGAAUUCUCUGGGUUGCUAUUGCCUUUCAGACGGUCUUUAUGACUAAAAUGAUUUGGUGGUGGUACAUCCAAAAUUACUUCAACCCCGAGGCAUUGGCAAAGCCGAAAUGGGAAUUUUUCUCAUAUCACCUUAGUACAACGGUGGGAUCCCUAAUCGCUCAGUCUUUCUUUGUGAAUCGUAUUUGGGGCCUUUCUGGGAAUGUUUAUAUCGUUGUUCCUCUGCAAGCCCUUGUUAUCACGCAGUUUACUUUUGCCACAACACUUUUGAUCGUGGUCGACACAUCACUGUCCUUCAAUGAAAUCGCUCACAGGUGGAAUUGGGUAGCGACCGUUUGGCUAACGAUACAGGGAACAUGUGAUGCUCUAAUAGCGAUGUUGAUGACGUUCCUGCUCUGGCACCGGAAGACUGGAUUCAAAAAGACAGACAGGGCCAUCAACACGAUGGUGUACUGGUCUGUGGCCACGGGCAGCAUCACCUGUGUUCAAUCUCUUAUUACGAUAGGCAUCUUCGCCAGCCGUGGUUUCGCUUUCGGUGCUCUCCUAUUUGCAAUCACCCUUAGUCCCAUGUACCCCAUAUCCAUGCUCACAAACUUACACAUGCGGUCAACAGUACGGAAGCAGCUGUCCGCACCCACACUCGCUGACGACAGACCAACUAACCUUUUCGAGGCAUUACGAUCUGUCACUCAGAGGAAGGUUAUGGUUUCCCGUGGACGGAGGGAGCUCAUAGAAUUAUCACCACGCCGACCUAGGGAUCUAGCUAUGGGAAAUCUCGUGGUGAACAUUCGUCGCUCCAUGCACGAAGACGGUUCCAGCAGUCACGACCACCGACUUUAUCAGUCAAGUACCGAUGCCCCGACGUUCCGCAAUUCCAUUUGCCCCACCGAUGUCGAAUUUAGCACUCCAAAUGACGCCAUCUCCCGUACCAUCACGAUCCAUGAACGGUGCUUUCAAAGCGCCUAG